GCAGCACUCUAUUACAAAACAUAAUUAAGACACAUAUCAAUAUGCUUCUCUUACUGAAAUCUAAAUCAAGAACAGUCCACCAUUAUCAAGAAGAACAAGAAAACAACGACGACGACAAUAUUAUUAAUAUUCGUAAUAAUCGGAUAAACAAAUUAGAAUCUAUUUCCCUCACAGUUUGGAGAAAAUCACUUAUUUUUAGCUGCAAAGGGUUCACCGUGAUUGGCUCCGACGGAAGUUUAGUCUAUAGAGUCGAUAAUUACACGGGACGCCCUCAUCGAAUCGUACUCAUGGAUGGCUCGGGCGAACCAAUCUUCACCGUAUGUCGUCCCAAGGUAUAUUUAUAUAUAUCGAAAUUAAUUAUAAUAUAUCUAACCAUGUUUAAGCUGAGUAUAGUGAACAACUAUUGGCUGAUUUACGAAGGAGAUGAAGUAGGGAAAGACGGUAUAAAUUCAUCGUUCAAGAAACCUAUUUUUUGUGUGAGGAAAAAUCUAAGCAUAAUGAAGUUCACGAGACCGAGUGUUAUUGCAUAUGUUUAUAAUGGGGUGUCGGAAAAGAAGUGUGUGUACGUGAUUGAAGGCUCUUAUGAACACCGAUCGUGUACGGUUUUCGACGAGUCGAGAAAGAUCGUGUUUGAGAUCAAGAAGAAAGAAUGCUCGAGAGGAGGUGUGUCGUUUGGUUCGGAAGUGUUUCAUUUGAUUGUUAGGCCUGGAAUCGAUUCGAGAUUCGCGAUGGCUAUUGUGUUAUUAUUGGAUCAAAUGUUCGUAUCGUGACUUGGAUACAGUUUAUAUAAAUUCUCUUGCUUUU